AUGGGUAAGCUCGAUGGAAAAAUUGCUCUCAUCACAGGUGGCUUCGAAGGCAUGGGUUUGGUCACUGCGCAACGAUUCAUUGCUGAAGGUGCAGAACAUGUCUUCAUCACCGGACGCCGUCAGGAACUGCUUGACGAAGCCGUGAAGAUAAUGGAUAGGAAGAAAGUGACGGCAAUACGAGCUGAUGCGUCCAAGGUGGCUGAUCUCCACACGAUGCACAACAUCAUCGAGAAGAAAAAGGGUGGCUUAGAUAUCGUCUUCGCCAAUGCAGAUUCUAGUCCUCAAAUACCAGGUUCCAAACGUCAUGAUAUUAAUAUGAGAGCUCAACUUGCUGGUCAUUUAACUGGUAUACGUCAUGCUGAAUUGGAAAAAAUCUCUGCAGCGCUAAAUCUACCACCACCACUUGAAGAAGGUCGUCACAAUAAACGUGAUAAAGAAUUAUUGCCAGUAGUUCAAUCAUUCACAAGCAAAUCUAUGUCAACAGCCAUACAAGAAGCUGUUAGUGCUGCCAGAACUACUGAUCUUACAGUUAGUGGCGACGGUACGUGGCAAACCAGAGGAUUUUCCAGCAAGCAUGGCGCCGCUGCAUUAGUAUCUGUCUCUGGUUCACCAAAAGUCGUUGACAUUGAGACAUGUUCAAAAACAUGUAAUAUUUGUAUAGGUGCCGAAAGUUUGCUACAAUCAGAAACAGCAGAAGCCCAAGCAAAAUAUGAUCAAAUAAUUACUACUCAUCAAUGUGGAAAAAAUUUUGAUCAACCUUCAGGCAAUAUGGAAGCAUCGUGCACCUUAAAAAUGUUUCAAAGAUCUCAAAAGAAAUACGGUGUUCGUUAUGUCAAAUACGUAGGAGAUGGAGAUUCAAAAACUUUUUCUGUGCUGAAGAAACAAAAACCUUAUAAAAGAAUAGAAAUAGAAAAGCUUGAAGAUAUCAAUCAUUUUGGAAAACGUCUAAAAUGUGUUCUUCAAGUGAUCAAACGACAGUGUGGUAGAACGAAGUUAUCAGAUGGAAAAACAAUAGGUGGAAAAGGACGUCUUACAGUGCAAAUUUUCUCAAAGCUAUGUGGUUACACUGGCUUUUAUACAGAAAACAUCAUGAUAUCAUUCGACAAUGAGCGUUUACACAGUGCAAAGAAAGAACAUAUGCGCAAACAAAGGAAGUUGGUAAAUUUAAGUGCAACGAACAUAGAUACAAGUGAAGAAGACAAUACCACUGCGUCUGAUGCCGACAAUCUUGGUGAAACAUCUGAUGAAGACAACGCUGGUCAAUCUGAUGAUGAAACAUCUGAUGAAGACAGCGAUGACACCGGUGAUGAAGAGAAUGAUGAUGAUCUAGAUCAAGAUGUAGAACACCUUUAUUAUAAUCCAAAAAGUCGAAAAUGGAAAGAUUCUGAUGAAGACAAUUGA